GUAUAUGGAUUUGUGAACUAAUGUGUAAUUACUUUUAUUAACUAUAAGAAAAGUCUCUCUGAAGACGGAAAUAAUAAAACAAUUUAAAAACAUGAUAUUGUCUUUUUUAAUCAUUAUUUUACACCACUGUAAGGAAACCCAAUAUGAGGCGGUAAUAUUAUAAUUCUGCUGUAUCCAUAAAAGAGAAGUUUUCUUAAAAAUGUGUUUCCUAUUCCAUUUCACUUCAUGACGGCUCCAGGGUGCUGAUCAGAAACAAAAGAAAAAGCUGUAAGAAGACGCGUAGCUAAUUACCUGGAUAAAAGGACUCAUCGAUUGGUCAGUUGUUUUUUUUGAGGGGGUGACAAGGCUCUGUUAUUUGGUGUUUUAUACGACAAGAUCUCUACAGUUUGAAAAAACUAGAGGAUGAAUUAUCCUACCAUUCCAGCUCUGCGCUUUAUUGACCUGGACGCCAUCACAAAAUAAUGUGUAGAGAUCCUGUGUGCUGAAAACCCUAAUGUGUGGGGUCAUAGGAUUAUUGAAAUACUAGCUCAGGAUACUCUGAGUCAGAUAAGGCCGUUAGUAUUGGAAAUAAUCUGCUUUGUACUUGGAGCCUACCUUAAUUCACCCCCUGUGGAAAGUGGCGAAGUCUACUACACUAGGCUCUGUGUAUCAAAAUGUUCCCCCUGUGGAGUUCACAUACAAUCUACCCUUUGGGGUAACUGCAGACCCCUUGGGGACAGCCGUCGCCCUCCCCCGGGACACAGAUAACCAGGCAUACACCCCCCUUUUCAAUGCCCCCCUGCAACCGCUCGGGUCUGAAACCUUCCUGCAAAUUCCACCAGAACUGCAGGCCGAUUUUGACACUUACAGUGCCUAUCUGGAUUACUUUGAGUUACAACCAGACAUGCUCAUAUCGAGUCAGACAGACUCAGCCCCUAGUCCUCAGGUCGAGGGUGAACCAUCAGCACAGACUCUUCGUGAGAUUCAGGCCGAUAUAUCACUCCUCACAGAUCCCCUCCUGACGAGAUAUCACCCCGAUCAGUCAAGCUAUUAUCAGGAGGACUCCCACUGCUGCUGCUACUGCCAACUUUAUGGACACACCCACUGAAUAAGCUGGAGGGUCUCAUGUAAAUUGAUGCCGAUGUAACCGACCGGUAUGUUUCUUCAGCUGUGACAAAUGUAUUUCUGAUUUUGGUUUCAUAAACGGUCAAACAUGGAUGAUUUAGCAGAUAGAGAAUUUUCUUUUCUUCAGUCUAUAAACGACAUAAAUGAACUAAGCAGUGAUGAGGAAUUCGUGUAUGGAGAGAUAUGUCAUUUCCUCAGUGUUCGGGCAAUAUCAGUGAGUUAAACGACGAAGAACCUCCCAUCUCAUCACAAACAAACUCAAGCCAUCCCACAACCUUAGAUAGCGCUUUGGAAUGGGUAUUAGCAUACUAUCAAAACUCUGACACUUACCCCGGUCUCGGGCUUUUAAAUCAGCUCGCCGACGGAGUAUGCCAUCUGAAUGGACUAAAUAGCAUAGCUUCAACCAUUGCGGAAUCACCAGUUUCCAUCGUGCAGAAUGGUGGACACGUUAGUGACUCAGAAUCACCAGUUUGCUCAAUGCAAAGUGGUGGACAUGUUGAUCAGAAUGACGCCCCAAAUGUUUCAGAAUCACCACCCCCCUCGUUCCAACAUGGAGGGGGGGCUAACCGAAAUGCCACACCAAGUGUUUUGUCUCUACCUGUAUUCAAUAACACAGAACUGCGUCAGUCUCUAGUCCUACCCCCUCCUAAUAAUGACGAAGCAGACUUUACAUCCUAUUAUGGGGUUCUGAUGAACAAUGUACAGGAUAUGGUAAAUUAUGCUUUUUCACGGGCAGAUAGGGAAGAUAUUGUUCAGGUUGAGCUCCGGGGCGAGCAGCUACAGGCUAAUGUGUCCGCCAUUUUGAAUGCUAAUGAUGAUAAUCUAGCUGAUUUUGAGGAGGCCCUGUUCAAUGCUGUACAGUCAAAUUUGGAGGUAAUGGCAGACAGUAACCUUGAGUUAGUAGUGCAAAUUGUACAAUCCCCCCGUGGCAGUACCCGUGGUGGCGCUAAACGAUUGGCUGGUAAAAUGUUGGACAAUGAGAUAGUUAAAAAGAAGACGCGUUUUCUGUACAGUACGUGGUACAGAAUCCGUCCAACCAGCUGUGUUUUGCUAUUAAUUUAGCACUGUUGUUGCAUGACAACCUCACUGAUAAAGAAGGUUUUGAAUGUGGUAAAGAUAUUCAGAGGAUGGUGGGUUUGACAGAUCAGACAGCUGUGACAUUCAAUGACAUUGUUAAAUUCGAAGAGAGUUUAAAAUGCACGAUUGUGGUAUUUUACAGAGGCGAUAAAGAUCGUACUCACUGUAAAUUCCAGACAGAGGGUCCCAAACGAGACAAAACUGUGUUUUUGUUUCUCUUCAAAAACCACUACUAUGGGAUUAAAAACUUGAAGGGGUUUUUAGGCCCGCCAUAUGUCUGUGAACAUUGUUACACAGGCUACAGCUCUCAAUGGAGUCAUUCCUGUACAGGUCAUUGUUAUGUCUGUCUUGACCCCUCAUGUACUCUGGACGAGUUUAAACCCAUCUUUUGUAAAGACUGUAACAAAACGUGUCGUACGGCUGGCUGUCACUCUCGACAUAAAAAACAGACACAAAGAUCAUCAGACAUUGCCAGUAACCACGAUUUACACAAAAAGUGUGUAGAUUGUCAACUUUCCUACUACACUCCCAAGAGUAGUGCAGAUAAAACACACAAGUGUGCGGUGAAAAAAUGUAAGACAUGCAAGGAAAAAUUACCCUCUGCUUCUACAGCCGAUGGUGAAAAACAUCUGUGUUACAUCAGAGUGUUGCCCAAAGAGACAGAACACAAUGACAACAUUGUGUUUUAUGAUUUUGAAACCAUGGCUGGGGCAGAUGGUGUACAUGCCCCCUUCCUGGUGUCCAUAAAAACCCUUGCGGGUGAAAUUUGGGUCUCGGAGGGCACCGACUGUGCACUGCAGUUUCUGACACACUUUAGGCGUCCAAAGUUAAAAAAUGCAACCUUCAUCGCUCACAAUGCUAAGGGUUUUGACAGCUAUCUAAUUAUCAAUGCAAUGUUAGAACAAGGAUUAAAACCCUCUUUGAUAAUGCAGGGAAGUAAAGUGAUUUAUUUUACUGACCAGGAUUUCGGACAAAAGUACAUAGACUCACUGUCUUAUCUCUCUAUGCGUUUAGCAGCAAUGCCAAAAGCUUUGGGAUUUGAAGAUAAAAUCAAGGGAUACUUCCCACACAGUUUCAGCUCUAAGGCUAAUCUGAGUUAUAUCGGACCUUACCCCCCAGCACACUGUUAUGGUAUUGAACGCAUGACAACUGAUGAAAAAAGUGACUUUUUCACCUGGUAUGAGACGGUACGCACGGGUACUUUUAAUUUUCAAAAGCAGGCACGGCUUUACUGUAAAAAAUGUGGACAUUCUUGCCCAGGGAGCCACUUUAUUUCGGAAAGGGUUUCUCGCAGAGACAGGAGUUGAUCCUUUUAGUCGUGCGACCAUAGCUUCUGCGUGUAUGAAAGUUUUUACCACCAACUUUCUACCACCCAAAACCCUAGCAAUACCACCACCCGACGACUACCGCUAUGAAAACAAGACGUACUCGGACGCAGGUGUUCAAUGGCUAGAGUGGAUAGCCCAAACAGAAGGUGUAUUUAUUCAACAUGCGUUGAACGAAGGAGAAAAACGAGUGGGACGUUUUGUCGUGGAUGGUUUUGCCGAAGUAGCCGGGGGCAAGAUUGUCUGGGAAUUUCUUGGUUGCUUCUAUCACGGGUGUCCAUCUUGCUACAAGGGCCAUGAGAAAAACCCCUUGACAGGUGGCACAUUUGAGCAGCUCCAUGCUGCUAGUGAGGAAAAGCUGCAUGAGCUACAGUCUGUUCACGGGGCCAAAGUGAUCGUUAUGCGUGAGCAUACAUGGGUUGAGAUGAAAAAAUCCAACCAAGAUUUACAGGCUUUCCUCAGGGAAUACAAAGCGCCAGAACCAUUGACCCCCCGCGAUGCUCUAUACGGAGGGAGGACAUGUGCAGUAAAGCUGAGGCACACGACAGCGGCAGAUGAAUUGGUUCAUUAUUGUGAUUUCACUUCACUCUACCCUUUUGUAAACUGUACAGGCCUAUAUCCCCUUGGACACCCCCAGCUCAUAUUCCGAGAUUUCAAAGACCCUCGCAGUUAUUUUGGGUUAAUCAGAGCCACAGUAGACCCUCCCAGGGGUCUUUACUUUCCUGUCCUGCCCUACCGAACUGCGGGGGGUAAGCUAGUGUUCACCCUAUGCCGUACAUGCGCUGAGCUUAACAACCAACAGGGGCCCUGCAUGCACAGCAAAGAGGAAAGAGCAUUAACAGGAGUUUGGGUGACCACAGAAUUCACCAAAGCCCUGGACAUGGGAUACAAGAUGACUCAGAUCACAGAGGUGUGGCAUUUUGAGAAGAAAGUGACAGCAUUUUUGUAGACUAUAUACACACAUUUUUGAAGGGCAAACAAGAAGCAUCAGGUUACCCUUCAGAGGCCACAGAUGAUGAGAGCAGACAAAAGUAUGUGGCAGACUAUCAUGCUAAGCAGGGUAUCUUGCUGGAUGCAGAUAAAAUCAAAUCAAAUCCAGCCAAAAGACAAGUGGCAAAACUAUGUCUCAACAGUUUCUGGGGUAAAUUUGCCCAGAGAAACAACCUGACUCAGACUAAGAUUGUGACCAAAACAGAAGAAUUUCUUAACCUCUUGUUUUCAGCUAAACAUAAGGUUAAGUAUUUCUCAUUCCUCAACGACAGAACGGCUCUUGUUCAGUGGUGCUACGGUGAAAAAUGCUAUUCUCCUCCCAACAAGGUAGAUAACAUAUUCAUUGCAGCAUUUACCACUGCGUAUGCCAGGCUGAAACUGUACAGUGAAUUGGAGAAAUUACAGCACAGAGUCUUCUACUACGACACAGACAGUUUCAUCUAUGUGACGAGACCGGGUGAGACUCCACUGCCCAUGGGGGUUUAUCUGGGGGAUCUGACAGACGAACUGGGGGGCGACACAAUUGCAGAGUUUGUUUCAGCAGGCCCUAAAAGUUAUGCCUAUCAGACCAGAAAUCAAAAAAAGGUUGUGAUGCGUGUGAAAGGCAUUACACAAACGCACGAAUGUUGUGAACGAGUGAACUUUGACAGUCUGACAGAUCUGGUGGAAGGCUACGUUCAAAACUCUGAGAGGGGGAGGUGUCUUCAGGCCCAGCAACACAACAUUGUACGGAAUAA